UUCAUGAUGAGUGGACAUUUUCGCCGAACUCCUCCAGGGAGAAGUAAGUUAUUGAGGGACAUUUUUACCAUUUAUUUUACCUUCGUUAGAAAGCGUGACACUACUCAAUUAUUUUGUUCGGGUUUUUGUUCCACUGGAGCGCGGUACAAAGUACCUUCCACUUCAAUAUCAUUCACACAUUGUCGUCGUGGAAUUUUUUUCUUCGCAACUAAGUAGAACUGCCAAGUAGACGGCGACGAUACCAGAAUGAGUGAGUCAAGUAUCAAGAAGCAAUUCAGGGAUGCCUGGCAUCGCUUGUUUUCUCGAACAGCACAAGAACAGAAACAAGGACAAGGCCCAUUCCAUCUCUUGCUGCUUGGUCCGACCGGCUCAGGUACAGAAGAACUCAAUAAAAAGAGAUGCCUCCCACCGCCGAGGCGGACUGCACGAUGUCUGUGAUUUUUCUGUAUUAGCUUUGGACUGCUCAUGCUCUCCCUUCAUGCCGAAAUUUCACAUUCGAUGCAUCGAUAGGUAAGACGUCCUUCCUGAACCUUCUGUGCAACAUGGAUGCGGUGGUGGAGCACAGCGAAAUGAAAAUCGAACAAUUCCGCAACUUCAACGAAAUCACGCUGGAAAACUCGUUGGAGGAUCGCAUGGCCAGCAAGACAAGCGGCGCAAAAGUGUAUGAUGUAUCCUUUGGCGACAAGCAGUGCGGGAUUUGCCAGGGCUUUGCUUCAGACGAUCCUCAUGCUACCUGGGUUCAAACUCACGGAUGUCCGAAGCCUCAUUUUUUCCAUCGCAGCUGCCUUGCUCGUAUUAAAACGUCUACAUUUUGAUUAUUUUGAACUUCUAGUUAUGUUCGACCCGAACCUCGGUUGCAGUGCCUGCGGCCCGGUGCCCCCGUGGACUCAAUCGGUUCAAUACGCCCUGUGAGACACGACUCGACCACAUUGCAUUUUCAAUUUACAGGACACCGAUAUGGAUAUCCCGGUGUCGAUGAAUAAGUACUAGAUGCAAAAAUGUCAAUGAAUUUAUCGCAGCUUGGCUACAACAGAGGAACGAGUGCCCGACCUGCCGGACGCCAAGUCCCGAGUUGUAUCACGCCAACGUUACAGGUAAUACCAAUAUGCAGUUGAAAAAUAUAGAAAUGACUAUGUGAACAGGACGAGUCAACUUGUUAUGUUUUCAUCCUGAUGAACACAAACACUUUCACUUCUUGCCUGAUAGGAUUUUUGUCACUUUUGUUUUCUUGUCGUUGUCAAAAACAAGCAAGAUUUCCCAUGAACAUGAUUGACCUCGACCCUAGCCCUUUUAAAACGAACAUUCCUUGGGACCGUUCUGCGCCGCUUAACUAUCUCUAAACAAGAUUCGCCAAAUAGAUUUGAAUGACACAUAUAUUUAUAAGGCUCCAAGCUUCGAGUCAUCGACACCCCCGGCUUUGGUGAUAGUCGUGGAUUUGAACACGACAAGCGGCACGUCAGUAAGAUUCUGGAGGCGAUCGAAGGCGUCAACUUCAUUAAUGCCAUUUGCUUGGUCAUUAAUGGGCGGGAAUCGCGCAUGAAUCCGAUGUUGAAGUAUGUCCUUUCGCAGAUUUCUUCGAUAAUGCCCGCUGGAGUGAUCAACAAUGUGUUUGUGUUGUUCACAAAUGCCAACGAUGGUCUCGACCUGAACUUCGACAUGGCCGAGCUCGAGAGCAAUCUGCUGAUGGCAUCUGUAAGUGCAGCUACAUCAACGCCAAAACUAAACUGGACAUUUAUCGAAAAUCCGUAUGCCCGCGUGGAAAAAGCAAAGAACCUAUCUGGAAGAUACAAUGCCUCCUACUACAACAACGACAUGAUAUCUUCGGGCUUGAAAAUCGCUUUCGAGCAGGGCGCCCGCCGCUUGGAGGAUCUCUUUGACGUGCUGCAAAAGCCGAAAUUUCAAAUUCCCAUUCACACAAACAAGUUUCUGGAUUUACAUGCCAAGAAACAGCAAAUCGAUAAGAACUUCGUCGACAUUUUGGCACAAUACCGAGCAGAGCAAGACCUCGACACACAAUUGGACAAAGCGCGAAAGGAUCUCGAGGCUGCUUCGAACAAAAAGCAGCUCAACGAAAACUACAUGGUCGCCAAGAAGCAAAAACAGUGGGUGACAACGGCAACCGCAAGCCACAACACGCUUUGCAAUUACCCUGGCUGUCAUUGCAACUGCCAUUUAAAUUGCACUUUGUGCAAAUCGUUUGACCCCGAAGUGUUUCGCGGAUGCGCGGCGAUGUGCCAUCCCUGCACAGAUAGCGGCCACGGCUUCACGCGGAAAGAUCACUGUGCAGAAUGUGGUCAUGCUUACAGCUAUCACUACCAUAAUGAAGUCAAGUGGGAGGAGAAGGAGAAAACGAUCCACCGACUCAACGAUACGAAAAAGAAGUACGCGCUUUACCCUUGCUGUAUCUGGUGCAACUACUUAUGUAACAAAACACAACUUCCAGCUGGUCUACCUUUGGUUCUUUGCGGUGUCAAUGUUAUUGUAAUCUUCUCCUGGUACGAGCACGCUCGCAUAUUAUUCAAAUUUGUAUUGUAUCGUGAUACUUUUUCACUCAUCGCGCCAUGUUCGUUGUAGCUUUUCUUCAUCUUCUUGUGAAUCGAUGUUGCAGGUGAAGGAAUUGCAAAAACUAAACAGGGCAUUUGAUCAGGCGAGCACUUUCGAGCAGCAGAAACGCAUCUUGUUGGAGUCUCUCGCGCAUGAAAAAAGAACCACUGAAGCAAGAUUAAAGCUCUUGAAGGAACAGCUCUUGAUCAACGUGGACGCCUUCCAGAACCUUGCAAUGUCGCGAAACUUCCUGAAGGUCUUGCAGCGCCAAAUUGAUUUGGUUGCGCUUCACAUUGAAGCACUAGCUGCUGACGCCUCUUCCAUAGAAAGCCGUCGCGAGCUGAACGAUAUGAAAGCUGAAAUGGAAAAGCGGGUACAAAAUAACAACUGCAUGACUUGUUUCCUUCAUGAUCUGCUACUUGCUAGUGUCUGCGGUGAUAAUUGAUUAUAUGUGUUGCGAUUUUACGUGGGUAUCUAAAGCUAUAUUGAGGCGAAAUUUUCGUCUCAUAUAGCACGGAGGAGGCAACAUUUUUGCCUCAAAUAUUCAGGCAAAUUUUUUUUCACCGCAAGAACCGCCUUGCAUAGCACCUCCGAGGAGGUUCGGAAAAUUGGAAAUGUUGACAAAAUAAUUUUAUUGCGAGUAAGCAAAUAAAAAAGAAUGCCAACUGCAACUGUUCCAAAGACUCUGUGUCUUUUUUCUGUAACCACACAGGUGAUGGUCCUAGCCAACUCACUCAAGCCUCAAGAUUCCAGCGAUCCCGCCGUGCGUGAAAACUGGGCCCGAAUGUUUCUGGGGGUGACGUCCAGUGCGUCGCAGCGCGACAUCAAGAAUGCAUACAACAGGAAAGAGAAGGAACUGGAUCCGCGCUUCCCGACGGGUUGCAAAGACGCCUUUGCGAAGUUGAAGCGCGCCUAUACGAUUCUCCAGUCCACCGCUGCCUAGAGAGUUGCAUCUUUUAACUUUUGUAUUAACACCAGUGUCCAAUAUCCUGCUGGGGUCACUAUAUGCCAAUGUGAUGCUCCUUGUGAUUCAAAUACAACGAGCUGAAGUGGAAAACUCAGCCGCGAGUCGUGCUUGUAGAUACUCAAAACUUGUUUAAGAUAGCAUAUAAUGUCGACGUCCAGAAAUCAUAUCAUGCAGUUCAUACCGAUGAGAUUGAGAUGAUAGCAGCAAUAUGUUCAACAUCAAAAAUAUUCUUGUCGCAACCUCAAACUACAAAAACUAAGAUGUACACAGAUACUUUCUGUCAAUUCCAUCCUCGUUGAUGGCUCAUCCGAACAAGUCGAAACAUAUCAAAUUCCUCAUUCUUCUCGCAAUUAUGUUGAUACAAAAAAAAGACUCAGCGUAUCCUCGAGAUCGUGUCCGCCGAGGAAGAAGUAAGCCCUAAUCUACUCAUUCAAAAUAUUUAUACAAAGUUGCUUUUUCAGAAAGUGUGGAACCAAGGCGAGAAUCCAUAGAAAAAUAUUUUCUAGGAUUUGUUCAAGCAGACUUUUUAUGACACCCAUUCUUAGUAAUCUUCUGUCUGAUGAGAUCGUUAUUAACCAAUUUCUAUAUUGUCCUGGAGGUGCUACAUGGAGACACAGAAAGGUUGCUAGAUUCAUUUUGGCAGCAGGCGUCCUUACCUGAGUGUUCAUAAUCUAUAGGAAGCAACUGUGAUGACCACUCGUCGACUACAGCGAGUGCCAGGUGAUCGCGGUCGGUUUUGGACGAGCGUGCAGUUUUUCUGAGCGACCUGGGCGAGUUUCUUGCUGUGGUUUAACUUGCCGAGUAGACAGGGCAAAUUCAGAAUCGAUAGUGUUGCAAUGCUACUUACUUUCG